AUGGUUCUUGAAGUCAUUGUUCCUCAAGAAUGGCAAGUAUUGCCGGAGGCAACCUUGAGAACAGAGCUACUUUAUCUUAUCACAAUUCAAGAAACUCAGCGAGCAACAAGUGCUUUUGGUGUCUACAAUGGCGUGACAGCAAAGUCAUUAGAGUUUAACGGUUAUCUAUGGUUCAAGAAAUUAAAUGACUUAAAUGAAGAACCUGACUUCAACAUUUAUGUGCUGUUGGAAAUACCGUUUAUCCCAUCUUCUUCAAUUCAGGAUGACGACUCCACCUGUUCAGAGUGUGACUCAGAACAAUUACUUUCUGAUGACGAACCUUGUUCUACUUGUGAUGAGUAG